GAAGCAAUAAACACAUGAUAAUACUACUUCAUACUCAGGACUGAGUGACUGACUAAUAAUUUAUUCUCUUCUUCUUCUUCUUGUUAUUCUUGUGGAAAUCAAGCAUGUCAAUUCAAGUUUGUUUAACCGGGUUUCAUCCUCCCCCAGCUGUAACCGCCAACACUUACUCUUCUCCUAGUAUUAGUACUGGUGGCGGUCGGAAACGCACUAUGCUCGUGAAAUCCUCAUCCUCAUCCUCAUCCUCAUUGUCCACGUCCACUCUCCCUCCCGUGGGGCAAAAUUUGCCGGAUAACUACGCCGAGUGGGUCCCAGUAAGUGAUAGGAGAAGAGCUGGGAUUCUCCUUCAUCCCACGUCUUUUCAAGGUCCCUACUGCAUUGGAGAUCUCGGGGAAGAGGCUUUUCGCUUUCUUGAUUGGCUUCAUCUCGCUGGUUGCUCCCUGUGGCAGCUUCUUCCCCUCGUACCCCCUGAUCAAGAGGGCUCUCCUUAUGCUGGCCAGGAUGCAAAUUGUGGGAACACCCUUCUAAUCUCUCUCCAAGAGCUUGUAAAGGAUGGCUUGCUUACACAAGACGAGCUCCCCAAACCACUAGAAAUGGAUCGUGUAAAUUACUCUCUUGUCGCUGAUAUAAAGCAUCCUUUGAUUGCCAAGGCUGCGGAGAGACUCACCUUGAGCAAUGGAGAACUCAAAACUCAACUUGAAGAUUUUCGUAAAGACCCCAAUAUUGGCAGUUGGCUCGAGGAUGCAGCAAUGUUUGCUGCAAUUGAUGACUCUCUCAAGACCAUGAGUUGGUAUGAUUGGCCCGAACCUCUGAAAAAUCGCCAUCUUGCAGCUUUGGAAGAAAUUUACCGAAGCAAAAAAGACUAUAUCAAUAUAUUCAUUGCACAACAGUUUCUAUUUCAACGACAAUGGCAAAAAGUUCGUGAUUAUGCAAGGGGUAAAGGAAUAAGUAUAAUGGGUGACAUGCCCAUAUAUGUUGGUUAUCACAGUGCAGAUGUGUGGGCUAACAAGAAAUCUUUUUCACUGAACAAAAGAGGUUUUCCACUUCUUGUUAGUGGUGUACCUCCAGACGCCUUCAGUGAAACUGGUCAGCUCUGGGGAAGCCCAUUAUACGAUUGGAAAGCCAUGGAGAAAGAUGGAUUUUCCUGGUGGAUACACCGUUUGAGACGUGCACAAGAUCUGUUUGAUGAAUUCAGGAUAGAUCAUUUUAGAGGGUUUGCUGGUUAUUGGGCUGUUCCUUCUGAAGCAAAAAUUGCGACAGUUGGGAAAUGGAAGGUUGGACCAGGAAAGUCUUUGUUUCAUGCCAUAUUCAAAGAUGUUGGCCAGAUCAAUAUAGUAGCAGAAGAUUUGGGAGUCAUCACAGAGGAUGUAGUUCAGCUUAGGAAGUCAAUUGGGGCACCUGGAAUGGCUGUCCUGCAGUUUGGUUUUGGAAGUGAUGCAAAAAACCCUCACUUGCCUCAUAAUCACGAACCCAAUCAAGUUGUCUACACUGGGACUCAUGAUAAUGACACGGUACGAGGAUGGUGGGAUCAUUUGCAGCAAGAAGAGCAAUCCAGUGUACUUAGGUAUCUAUCCAUUUCUGAAGAAGAUGAUAUCUCAUGGGCUUUAAUACAGGCAGCACUUGCCUCUGUUGCUCGGACAUCGAUCAUCCCUAUUCAAGACAUUCUAGGGCUUGGGAGUUCUGCUAGGAUGAAUAUUCCAGCUACUCAGUUUGGAAACUGGGGUUGGAGGAUGCCUACUACAAAGAGCUUUGACAAAAUGAAUAACGAGGCAAAGAAAUUGAGGGACUUACUUUCUACGUAUGGACGAUUAUGAGAGCUAUGUAUGUCCACCAACUUCUCAAAGCUUCUGGAAACGAAUGCCACACCUUCUCGGCUUUGAAUGGGGAACUUGGAUUAGAGGAUUCAAUGUGCACAAAAGAAGCUAAUUAAUAUGCUGCUGUUAUAUGGAUUUGUGAUGAUGUUACACAGAACAAUACUCAGUGCUAUCAGAAUUUUGUCUGAUGGGUUAGUUUUGUUCUAUGGAACCUUGAAUCAGCAGACAUGGGGUUUUAAUGAUCUUCAAGUUCGGCUAAAUAAAUGAAAAGAAUUGAAGUGUGUUAAAAUUGUAACAUGUAUGUGAUCUAGUUCAUUGGAAAAAAAGGAUAUGAUGAAUGCAAAUAAAUGCUUAGCUUUGAGUUGAGCACAACCUUUGCUGUCUGUACUUUGUUCUCUUAAUACAUACUUCAUGAACUAUUAUUAGACUUUUUUUUUUGUACAUCCGCUGAGUUGAGCACAACCUUUGCUCUAUGUUGAGUACAGUACAAUGUCUUUUAUAUAUUAAUUAAUAUACUAGCCUCUAAUUUGUGCU